AUGGCUUGGGCAAUGAGAGAAGCCGAGGAUGACGUCUUCCGCCACCAACAGGCGUGCAUCAAGAAUACCUUCCUCGAGUUUUUCGAAGAGACAGAGAGGGACGAUGAGGAUCCCUGGGUCAUCCAACCAGAUCCCCGACGCUGGUUAACAGACAGCGCUGCAACUGGCGCAAAGUCCCGUGCGCCGCCCAUGCUUGCUUCAAUGGAGACUGGAUCGCCAUCAUUCCUUCGGAGAGCACAUCCAAAACAAGGAAGUGACAGAAGUUGGGAUGGCCACAGCUCCGUCGAGACCUACACAGGUUCUGCCGCAGGCUCUGCCCAGGGAUCGGGCCCUUGCAGUCAAAUGACGCCGGAGGCUCGUUUCGUCUCAAGCGGUUCGAACGACGAUUUCUCAUACCAAGGUAUGUUGCUCUGGCCAGAGGAUCCUCAUGCGGUGGGUGCAGCGCACCCAUACAGCCAUCCUACAGCCUGCCCAGGCUCUGCUGCAGAGGUCUUCGGACAUUUUGCUCCCGACGCCUUGGGCGAAUCCUAUUCAGGUGCCUAUGCUUACGGCACCUACGAUUGGAGUGCAUUGGCACACGAGGACGUGGAGUCGCAGGUCGAGGCCAAAAAGCCCGUUGAUCCGGAGAUCCUUCGCGCCAGAGAGGUUGCAUUGGCUGGAAAUGGUUUAAGCGGGCUGACAACAGCCAUGAUACGAAACGUGCCGAGCAAGUACACACAGCAAAAGCUGAUGAGGGAAAUUAAUGACAUGGGCUUCUUGGGCAAAUUCGACUUCUUCUACCUUCCGAUGCAGCCGCACGGCAGAGGAAAUCGUGGCUUCGCAUUCAUCAACUUCAUGGCGUGGGAGGCCGCCCAAGAGUUCUACAUGCGACUGCAUGGCCGGCCGCUGCGGCUGUCAGCUCCGGAUACUCCGGCAGCCAUCAUGCCGGCAGACUUGCAGGGCUUCGAACGAAACGCUGAGCAUUAUGCUAACAUGCGGCUCAGUCGCAGCAGCAGGCGUCCGCUACAGUGCGGCCGGGCACUCUUCUUUCGUCCCCUGCCGGAGCACAUCCACAACGUGGAAGGUUCCGCGGCAAAGGUUGUCAGUCAGGAGGACACCGGAUGGACCUCGCAUGAGACAAGGUCUCAGAAGCCGCCGAGGAACGAGAUGAACCAGAGCAUCGAGCGUUCGCAGGCAAGCUCGGGAGUUCGCAGGUUCUGCGCGUAUUGCGGCACCCCUAUGUCGGCUGAACACUCCUUCUGCGGCAUGUGUGGAAAAAGAGCAGCAGACGGCUUGUGUCCUCCGCAGAGCUCCUGA